AUGGCGUACUCGUACCACCAGUACCACGAGGCGCAGACCUAUCCCAUUGAUUACCAAUAUGACCACCGGCAACCACUGCACAGCUCGACCCGAGAGCGCCCACGAACCUUGGACACUCGUCCUCAUGCCCCUCGCCGUCUGCAGCACGGGUAUUCCCACGAGACUGGAGCGUACAUAUAUGACGUCGGCUCAUAUCGGGAAGACGACCCUUACCGGAUGCACAGGUCGACGCAGUAUUACUACUCCACCGAAGAAGGCCGGCCAUACGAGCACUCGUCCAGAAGGGAUGAUGAACGUCGAAGCGAGGCUUCCUCGAGCAGCAGGAGAUCCGACAAGAAGGGUUCAAGCAACUCCAGGUCGACAGCAAGCGGGAGCAGCAAACGAUCAUCGAAGAGCUCAGCGUCACGAUCGUCAACGCUGCUCACUCCCCCAGACACGCCGGAAAUCGGCAGGUUAUCAACUCCAGAACUCGCACCAUUGAGCGCAGGUCUGCGCUUCUGCGACUGUGGGUGCAGUGACGGGUACCACGAGGAGGAAGAAAGGUACCUCAAGGGAAGAGCAGCAAUGGACUCGAAGCUGCGAAAUGCAGCUGAGUACAUGGCACGAGGUCAUGACCGGCCGAACGGGAGGAGGUGA